AUGGUCAACGCUGAUGGGAGUGUUCAUACAUUAGUUAUUAGUUUUAACAGCAAAGAAUCAACAGAAACCCCAAGAACAGGCUACUCAAUGGGAGUUAUCAAUCAACCUUCAGGUCAAAUUAAAUUGACAAAUGUGUCAAUGGUUCGGCUUAAGAAAGGCAAAAAACGGUUUGAAGUUGCUUGUUACCAAAACAAGGUGCAAGACUAUCGAAAUGGAGUUGAGAAGGAUUUAGAUGAGGUGCUACAAAUUAACCAGGUUUUCCUUAAUGUUUCUAAGGGCCAAGUUGCAUCUAAGGGUGAUUUGACUUCUGCUUUUGGAACUUCUGAUCAAACUGCUAUCAUAGCUGAAAUUCUCAAUCGAGGUGAAAUUCCAUUAUCUGAGAAGGAAAGGCAAUUAAUGCUUGAAAAGCUGACUAAUGAGAUUUUGACUAUGGUCAGUGCUAAAUGUAUUAACCCUAAGUCGAAGAAACGGUAUCCACCAACGAUGAUCAACAAAGCUUUAACAGAGCUUAAAUUUGGUAUUGUGGUGAACAAACCGGCUAAACUCCAGGCUUUAGAAGCUAUAAAAGUAUUGGUUUCUAAACAACUUAUACCUAUUGUAAGGGCUAAGAUGAAGGUCAAGGUAGCUAUUACCUCUCAAGGUAACGAAGAUAUUAUAGACAGGUUGACUAAAUUAAUAUUGGUCACAGAUGCCGCCGCUACGCAAUCAGACGAGAGUGGUACUGCUUGGACUAGAAUUGGAUUAAUAGAUCCCGUGUGCUACAGAGAGAUUCUUAGUCUCUGUAACGAUAAAGGCACUGUGCAAGUUCUUGAUAUGGCAGUGGUAGACGAUUUAAAAGAUCAAAACUCGUAA